UGCAAUGGGGCGGAAGAAGAUCGUAAUCCGGCGCAUCGAGAACAAGGCUGCACGGGACAUCUGCUUUUCCAAGCGCCGGGAAGGGCUGUUUCGCAAGGCGAACGAGCUGGCCGUCAUGUGCGGCGCCGAGGUGGCCGCCGUCGUCUACUCCCCGGCCGGCAAGGCCUAUUCCUUCGGCCACCCCUCCGCCGAGGACAUCGUCGACCGCUUCCUCCGCCCCGCGGAGCAGGCCGGGGCGGCGGGGGCUGGCAAGGGCGCCGCCGUCGACCCGGACCGGCUGGCAGAGCUGCAACAGAAGUACAACAAGCUGUCCACGGAGCUGGGUGCGGUGGAGAAGUGGAAGGAGCGCUGGGGGGAGGCCAUAGCGAAGGGUCGCGCGGAGGGGAGCCAGGCGGCGGCGUGGCUGGACGCAGUCGCAGGCCAGCGCGACAUGGGGGACGCGGACAUGCUGGCCUGCAUGGCUGCGCUGAGGGACGCGCAGGUCACCGUGGCGGCGGGCGUCAACCAGGUCCUCCAGGACGGUCGCCGUGACCGGGAGGCAGCCCUCGCGCCCCUGCCGCCACAGCUACUCGCCGGCGGCGGUGGCUUUGAGCUCGGUGGGACGGGGCAGAUGAUGGCGGUUAUGCCAACGCCGGGGUUCGCGGUCGGGGGCGGGUUUGAGGUUGGUGGCACCAGCGCCAACGGCAGGAUGGAGUCGCUGAUGACGGCGAUCGCCGGCGGCGGUAAGUUUGAGCUGGGUGGCACCAGCGUGAAUGGAGGGACGGACCAGAUGGUCAUGGUGAUGCCAACUCCGGGGUUCGCAGGCGGAGUUGGGUUUGAGCCAGAUCCUUGGUUUGAGCUCGGUGGCACCAGUGCCAACGGCGGGAUGGAGGAGAUCAUGACGGCGAUGGCCGGCGGAGGAGGGUUUGAGCUGGGUGGCACCAGCGUGAAUGGAGGGAGCUGGGUUUGA